AUGUGCAUGGAAGGAGCAGCGUGGGAUGCAGUUAAAAAAGGACAUUUUAAUGGUAUCUCAGACAAAUCCUACACAUAUGUAAUUAUAAAGAUUGAAAAACUAAAAUGCACAACAGCAUCUAAACCAGGACAGCAUCCUUGCUGGGAACAAGAUUACAUAUUUGACAUUGAUGAUCCCCAGAAAGGUUUCCUUGUGGAGGUUUGGAAGUCUAGUUGGCUUCGAGACUCUGUUAUAGGAAGUAUUUGGAUUCCUCUGAAGACUAUACGAUAUGCCAUUGAUGAAGGAUCUGGUGAAUGGUGGACAUUGUAUUCUGAAAUGAUUCCAAAUGAAAAUGAAACAUACUGUGUCCAGUCGCCAACAGAGCACAAGCUUUUAUUGGAUGUAUUCUUCGCUGUGCCAUUUGAUGGUGUAACUGAAAAUCAAGACUUAUAUCCCAGAAAUGAAUCCCUUUGGAAGAAUUCUGACAGCGCCAAAGUUUCUACUUCAUCUCAAAAUAUUCACAGUACCAUUAAAAAAGAGACAAGGAAUGAAGAUGUGAUCUUUACAAGCAAUGUUGUCAAAGAAAGAUGGGGCAGAGCUAUUCAAAAGGUGAUAUGUCUCUAAAAUGUCAAUAGAUAUUCAGUAUAAUUCCAUGUUAAAAUGCUUUGCAGUUUUUAUUCAUCCUGACCUUUAGGCUUGUAGCACAAUUAUGUUUCUAAGAAUUGAUUUGUUAAACACAUUAUUUUGUCUUUCUGCUUGUCUGGUUUUAUUUAAACUUUAUACUGAAAUUAUCAGCUUUGAUUUAUGUCAAACAUUUUGUCUUAGGUUGCUAUAAAAAAAAUAGUGUCAUCGUAUGAUCACAUUUUAAGGAAACAAUUUUAAUUCUAAAAUAAACUUCAACCGCAAUGUAUU